GUUGAAGCUGUUGUAACUUUGAAAUAGCAGGAAUUCAGCAGGACUGUUCAUGCACUCCGAUGAAAAUCCGAAGCAUCCUGUACAAAAUACACUUGUAUUAGGGAUUCUGAUCCAGGAUUGUGAAUCUGCAGACUUUGCUGAAUCUGGAUAUGCCUAUAUUGGAAGGGAUAGGUGGUAUUUUUUGGAUUUUUGACACUAUUAGAGUUGGAAGUCCACUUUCAUUCUCUUGCUUUUCGAUGCAGUAACCAGAUCUAGGUCUACGAAGCAAUUUUGUUUUAGAUUAGUUUAAAAAUACUGAAAUCUUAAAAGAGGUGGCGUUUACUACAGAUAGAUUAUUUAAGACUUUAUUACUUGUGUGUAUUCUGCGUAUUUUUAGCCUUUUAACCUAUUGUUUAUCGACAAUCGGCAAGAGCAGCAGUCAGCUGCUUUGUUUUUAAUAUUUAAUCGUUUUUAUGAAUGCACAUUUCUGCUAAAGCUUCUGGAAGCCGGUCGUUCACACAAAAAGGAUAUACCGCAUUAUUAUUUUUUUCCCCCGAUUGAGUGGCAGACUUGAGUGGGGAAUUUUUAGCAGAGCAGAAUAAAAGAUGAUGCGGUUACCCAGAGGGGUCUCUCCGGCUUCCGGUAAGGGAGCAGUUGGCUUUUCGGGGUCGACGAGGAAGGUGUUAGCCGGGGCAAGAACCGAAUUAUUCGGUACUGAACUGUCGAGUCCUCCGAUCAACUCUUUAUCGUCCGGCUACCUCAGCCAGAUCUGCAACACCGCUUCUGGGGAUCAGAGGGCGAGCUGUCUGUACUCGACCCCCCACGGGCCUGAAGCGAAGCCCAUCAGAGCUACCUCCGGGAGGCUACCGGCGAAGAGGAAGCUGGACCUGGAAGGCAAUGAUCCCCUGUAUCUGCCAGACCUGCGCACCCCCAAAGGAAAGGGCAGGACUGUGCCCCGCCUGCCCAGCCCGAAGACGCCCAAGUCCCCCGGCGAGCGCACCAGGUACGACACCUCACUGGGGCUGCUCACCAAGAAGUUUGUGGGGCUCCUGAGCGAGUCGGCGGAUGGGGUGCUGGACCUGAACUGGGCGGCCGAGGUGCUGGAGGUGCAGAAGCGGCGCAUCUACGACAUCACCAACGUGCUGGAGGGGGUGCAGCUCAUCCGCAAGAAAUCCAAGAACAACAUCCAGUGGGUGGUGGGCGGGAGCGUGCUGGGGGGCUCGCCUGCAGGCCCCGAGAAGCAGCGCGGCCUGCGGAGGGAGCUGGCAGAGCUGGAUAAAGCGGAAAAGGCCCUGGAUGACCUUAUCCGGAGCAGUAGCGCCCAGCUGAAGGAGCUGACGGAGCAAAAGGACAACCAACGCUUGGGGUAUGUCACCUAUCAAGACAUCCGAUCCAUCACCAGCCUGAAGGAUCAGACGGUCAUCGCUGUCAAAGCCCCAUCGGAGACCAAGCUGGAGGUCCCAGAGUCCACAGAUGGCUCUCUCCAGAUCUACCUGAAGAGCAAGAACGGCCCCAUCGAGGUGUACCUGUGUCCAGAGCAGGAGCUGCAAGACGGCAGCCCAGUCAAGACCAGCACACCCAUCAAAGAGGAGGAACCCUGGACCCCAUCCACGCCGCAGUCCCCCCCUGGGAAACAGGAGCCUGCGGAGGAUACCCUCAAACCUUCCCCAGCAUCCAGCGUGCUUCUGGAUGUGGAGGGGCUCCUGGGUCUGCCCCCGAGCCUGUUGCAGAUAACCGAGGACCAGCUGCCCUCGACCUCUUCUUUUGCCGCUGACGGCGCCCCCUUCGUCUGUUUCUCACCCCCGCUGGACAGCGAGGAUUACCUCUGGGGGCUGGAGGAUGGGGAGGGGGUCUCGGACUUCUUCAACACCUACGACCUGGGUGACUUACUCAAGAGCUGAGGGCUUCCUCAGCGGCUCUCUGAAUGGCAUUGCUUGAGGGCAGCAGAUCCUGAGGACAUCAGAUCUCCUAGGUCUCUGGCCCUCUAUUCAGGAUUCAGUUUUUCCUUUUGUGUUUUUUUUUUGUGUGUGCACCUUCUUAUAGGAACUCGUCGGUGUCUGGACUAUCGCCGAUUAAGUUAAGUUCCUCGCCUCCCACACCAGAAAAGUAAAAAACAAAAAUUCUCGUCGUGACCUGAGACGUUCCUCCUGUGGUCACAGCACUGAUUCUCCAGUCCAUUUGUAUCGGACAGAGUGAUACAGACUCAUGUGGACACUCUACUCUGGGUGCUCAAAUACGAUUUGAGUAGCCAUUUGCCUAACAGAAUUGCUUUAAAAUUAUUUCCCAUAUAAACCUUACCUUAAUGGUGAGGGCUUUUUUUUUUCUGAUUACUUGAGAACUCUUUCCAUCAGCAAAACUAAUUCCGCCUGAUUCCUGUGCAUCAUGGAUUCUGUGUACUUUUUAACAGGUUACUUGUCCCAGCAGUGUUGGUCUUGAGUAUCGGGCUUUCAGAAACUGAGAGGAGACCUUGUCCCUUGCCAGCAGUCUGAAUGAGUUGCUGGGAUCGCAGUGUGUUUUCUGAAUCCAGCAAGCAGGAAUCUGAGAAUAUUCCAAUGGGACAUUUUGGAAUGCUUAAGUUGAGUUGAUCUUCAGUGGUGCACCCUUCUGUGCUGAUACAAAGAUUCAUUUGUAGAUGAAGGGAUCUUCUUUUUUUAUUUGUAGGUUCUUACAGGUAUGCCUCCAUUCCCAGAACUCAGGAGUUAAAAAGCAGGGUGCAGUCCUUUCACACUAAGGGUCUGAUUUCUCCUAACCCAUCCUAGGUUGUACCCCUAAUUCUCUGCAAUUAAACCCCAAGCGAAUGAAAUGGACUAAUAAGCCACUGUAUGAUGGAAUUUUUUAAGCCAUAUGUUUUAUUGUUGUUGCUUUGGGGAAAUUGUCAAGAGUUGUUCUAGGAUGUUUUAUCUGCCUGUAUGUAAUGUACUGUGCUUGAAGAGCACUUUGUGAAAAUGUUUUUACGGAUCCACUUUCUCUGCAGGAUACUGAAGAUUGUGGAUUUCUGAAAGUUUUUGGUUGCCGAAUCCAAACCUUUUUUGAUGCUACGCGAUGACUGUGUGUUCAGAUGAGUAGCCAUGGUUGGUUUUUAAAAUUGUCAGAAAACAACUCCAGGUCUUAAACCUAAAAUCUGCAUGUAGCUGACCGUCAGUCUGUCGGAUUUGUGUACUGUGCAAGACACAGAAGAUGUACAGCAGCUUUAUCUAAUGUUUCUGACGCUGCAGGUAUUUUAUCAGUGUGUGAUAGUUUCGGUCUUGCUCACUGAGCACUGCACUGAGGGGCCUACUGUGGUUUGCAGACAGUGGGGAAAUAGAUUCUCCAUGGGUAGAGGCUUCAGGUACAAAACCAUAGACACCAUUUUAAAUGGACAUUAUUUUUAAUGUGAAACCCAGGUGUUAAAGUUCUGAGAGAGGGGAGUCCAGUCCUCACCGCGCAGAUUUUUAUAUCUCGCCUUAAACCCGUUUUCAAAAAUUGUAGCCUCAAAACUACAGAUUGAGGUGGUAUCUUGAGUGUUCAGGUGUAGUAGAUAUUUCUGACACUGAUUUGUGGAUGUUCCAUAUUCCACCCAUACUCUAGACCUCUUCGGUCUUCUUGGUUACAGAACUCGGCUUUGAUUAACACCUGAAUGAUUUAAUUGGCUUUCUGGGUUAAUGAUGGCAAUUAAAGAGCUGGUAGCCCAGGGGUUCUGUGGUAGUGUGGACUGGAUAUUUUGCACGUUUAGUUUACUGUGUCUAUUCCAGUCCUGCUGCCAUGUACGGUAAAUCCUUCCAGUCCUGCUGCUGUAGGGAAUUAAGUUUCUCUGCCUAAGCAGAGGUUCAAGCACCUUAUUGAAAUAUGUUUUGUCAUAUUAAAGCCUCACGUAGACUUUUACCCUGAUAUUGGGGAGCUUGGGACCCUGUAAAAGUGACCAGAUGUGCCUUCAGCACCCCAAGGCUUGAACUGCUGCAGAGCUGGCACAGGUCUGUCUCGGGGUUGUCCUGACUGUGGUGUAAACCAGCUCUGAUGUUGGCACAGAUCUCGCAGUUCAUGAUGAUUCAUGACCGUUCUUGAUAAUUCGUGAAAUCAUGGUGCUGGUAGGACCCAAAAAACUAGUGAUGAGGACUCACUCUCUGAGCAGUUUGGUUAUUGAUAGUCCAGGGUAGCUCUGCCCAGAAAUAUUUCCUGUUUGAAUUGUUUUGGUUAAAAUAACACAUUAUGAAGUUAAUAUUCCAGUGUAUAUUAGUACUUAUACACUAUGUGGUUUGCACCUCUAUUGCAGAAGAUUCCAUGCUUAGUUGGCCUAUGUUCCAAUCUGUAAAUUCAGGUUUAAGGGUGAUCUAUAAAUCUGCCGGGCUGUCCCUCUCUCUCGGAGCAAGGCUGGCCAGCUUUAUCAAGCUAUCACGGAAGUCUUUCAGAUCUCCAGUUUCCUAUGGUGUGUUUCCUAACAUAUUUUCUCAUUUUUAAACAUUAGGAGCUUGUUUUACUUCUGUCAAAUUGUACCAACUGGUAGAAAUGAGACAUGAAUAAUAGACCUUGAUAUUUUAGAAACAGUCACGCCGAAUAGAAUAUUGAAUAAUAUUCUAUAAUCCUCUGGUGACAAAAUACAUAAUAUUUCUUACAGAUGCUAGUAACCCUUCUUGUGUGUAACUCUGGGUGAGACUUGGGAGAUUUGUUUAAAUCUGCGUAAACAUUCAGCCACUAGAGGGGGACGUUAGUUUGGCUGUGCUAGUGGUCCUUUUUUCAUUUACUUUUACAGGUUUUUCUGAAGAGGGAACCACUGCCAUUAUUUUGUGUGUAUAGCUGCCUUUAAUAUUUUGGGCUUGAACAUAGAUAUCAGAGUUGCAGAACAGACUUCAGCUGCUGAUUAUUAGACUAAGUGUUAACAAAUUAUCCUGAAUACAACCUACUGAAAAGAAAAGUAUAUUGUGCUGGUGUUAGGCAGGAUAAAUAAGGAACUGUUUUUUCACUGUGGCCAGAUGGUGGAUAUAAUUCACAAUGCUGUAAUUCUGGUCCAGUAGGAUCUCUUACGCAUUGCCACAGGUUACAUGAAAAAGAAAUGACUGACUGCAGUUAUUUGGAAAGUAACUAAUGCAUCCAAUUCCUCAACAAUCUGCGAUUUCAAAAGAAACAUGAAACGCCCUGUGAAAUGCCUCUUUCAUUCACGAAUUAUAAUUUCAGUUUUCAUUAUAUGUAGCUUUCUGCUAGGUUGUUAAACUUUGCCUUAUAAUUUGUUCACCAAGCCUUGUUUUGAGUUGUAUUCAGCUGUGAAACAGUGAUGCAAAACGUGAACUCCGUAAUUCAGAAGUGUCUUUAUAUGGUGGCACUUUCUAGGCCCUGUUUAAACUACGCAGCCUUAAGCAAAAUGUCUUCUCAACUGAGGAUUUAUUUUAGAAGCCCAGGAGUAUAGUUAAAGCCGAUAUGCUUGACCAGAAUUGCAAAGCACUGAUCAGCUGCAGAGUGACCAGUUAUCCUUUGCAGUCUUGUCAAUGGUCCCAUUUGAACCAUCUUCUGACCAUAUGGUAUUAUCUUAGCCUUUGGUUCUAACUCCUUGGAGAGUAUGUUGGUGCUAUAAUUAUACUGGGUUGUCUUCACCUCACUAGCCUGCAGAGAGGGAUGGUAUCUCCUUUAUCGCUCUGCUACCUCUAGCUGGUUUUAACUGGUGACCGGUGUGAAUAUGCUUGGUGCUUCGCUGAGUCUAUCAGUGCCAGCUGCUUGUUUUUAUCAGGGUGUAGAUUCACAGCAGGUCUUGCUCACCUGUUGUGACAGUAGUUGGCAGCUAGGCUUCACCUGAAGAAUUAACCACUCUGGAAGUUUUGCCUCUUUGAGUGGUAAAUCUGAAACUAUUUUUUCAAGACAGAUUUUGUUCUUUUUUUAAAUUGUAAAAAGUGUUUUUCUUUCGGUGGCGAAUUCUGAUGUUUUUAUAAGCUACGAUUCUGUGAAUCUGGGGGGUUUUAUGAGUUGAAAAUGCAGUAUAGAAGAGGGCUGAGUGCUUUUAUCACUCAAUGGCUUAUGUUAAUGAAUUCAAUUAAUGAUUUGAGUCUUAAUGUUUUGGUGCUUGAAAAAUGUCUUCAAAAUGUGCAGGAGCAGUUGCUCUGCUGCGGAUCCCUCUGAGCCAAGUUGCUCACAAGCUUGAAAAGUGUGGAGCUGACGGUGAAAGAUGCUGAUCUUCUGCUCAGUGUUUGUAUGGAAGACCCAGGCUCUGAGCACUGAUUGGAGCUGAAGGCCAGAAGUGACCCUGUACUGCCUUGAUUUUAUGUAUGUCCUCCAGCCUCCCUUCAGUUAAAACCACAGAUAAACUGACGAGCUGAACUGCUGGAGAGAUGCAUAAAAUUCAAUUUACCGGAAGGCUUUAAAACCGGGGAAAACUGGUGGCAAGUUUAUUUCUUCUCCCUUCUUUUUCGAUGCAGAAAGGCUUCAGUAGGGUGGUAGAGUUGAAUUUUAUCCCUUUCAUCAACGGGAGUCCACCUCUUUCAUAUCUUCGAGAGAAAUGUCUGCUUUUUGGGACAGAGUUUUUGCUUCUGUUCUGCAGUUUCAAAUGUUAUUGUCACUGUCCUACUGGGCCACAUCACAUGCUCCAAGUUAGAGGAGGUUCCUGAGACAUUACCAGUGGAAAUACAGCGGUUCUGCAAGGUCUUAAAUUAGACUACGUCAGAACAGCAUAAAGACCUCUUUCUGUGGACCUGGUGUGCCAGAAUGGAGCAGUUCUGUUUUGGAAGGCAACUUUUUUAUUAAAAUUGAAUUAUGAAGAGGUUCCAUACAUCAAGCUGCUCGGUUUGUAUUUUUCCAUACCGAAAGUCGUAAAUUGAAUGGCACGAAAAAUGGAAAUUGUUAGUUUGGGUGGUUGUCGCUGCGGUGAAAAAGUGAAGUUUUGCCCAUUGUGUGAAACCAUAUCGAAACAUUUUGCUCAACACUCAAACUACCGAGUUGAAUUAAGUUAAGAUCAGUUAUGUCUCAAUGCAACUUGUCCCUCUAGUGGGUCGAAAUGACGGCAGAUGAUGACGAAGGGCCGCGCCGAGCCCAGCUUCAAGGUUUUUUUUUUCCCUUUGUGGUUGUGAUUAACUCCAGUCCUACAGGGCCGCAGUCCACUGGGUUUCCGAGGGCUCUGACACAGCAGCGCCUGAAGAGCUUGGAAAGCUGCUCCAAUUGGGCCAGUAAUUAAUUCAAUUGAGCUACUAUGUGAAUUGGAAUCGCAAUGUCAAGGCGAGCGCUGUGUGGGGUCUCACCUGAGUGUGCAGGCUGGCAUGCUUCCCUCCAUGUGAAACAAGCUCCUCUGGUUCAGGUCUGUGGUUAUAAAGCCUUGGGAGUCGCUCACUGGCCCACACGGAGCCACUGAGGUCAAACUCCAGGCUUGUCUUGGCCUGCAGUCAGGCAGCAGUUCUCCGUUUUAAGCCAUUCCAGGUGCCAGUCACCAAGUUAUAUUCAGGAGUUGAACAGUAUCAAAUUGUUUGAUACUGGGGCAGGAGGGCUCUUGUGGUAAAGUAAAACCUUAGGUUCCUCGUACUGAGGAAUAAAUGAGUCCUUGUCCCGCCUGUCUCAACCACAUUGUGCAGCCUGUGUUCAAGUUUUUUGGCCCGGCCCCAGAGCUCAGAGACGUCCUCUUCGAGGUCUGAUCCGAGCAAUUUUCGCAAUUUUCUUCCUCGACUCUGUAUUCCGCUUGCACAAGCGAUGGCUGGUUCCCAGCCUUCCGUGUGCUCAUGGAGGGAGAAGGAAGAUUCUGGAAUUUGAGCUCUGUUGCUGGGGAAACAAGGGAAUAAGCAUUAGCCUUCAGCCAGAGUGUGGAUGUUGAAGUUUUAGUAAAACUUUUUUCCUAUUGUAUAUAAGUGGUUUUUUAAUCUCUUUUCUGUAUGAGCAAAAACAUCGGAGUUGUAACGCGUGUGUGUGCAUAUAGGACGAGGUUGGUAUUGUAAGCAUUGUAAGUGCUCGAUUUUCAUUGAUGUUUGGGUAGGAGUCAUUUUUUGUGACAUUGUACAGAUUGUAUUUAUAAAAAAAAUGGAUUAUUUUUGUGCAGUUUCCUGCAUCAUUGUGACUGCCAUAUUCUAGUAUUCUUACUGUAAUACUAGUAAGUUUUUUUUUUUUUAGUUGACUCAAUGUGUGGCACUUAAAUUUUGCAUUUGUUUUUUGGUCUUUAAUUUUCCAAUAAAGCGUUGAAGCCAUGA